AUGACGAUCUGUCGUAUUCGCGUCAUGUUGUGACGAAGAGGAAGAAGAAAAAGUGUCUUCGUUGACAGCAGGAUGGUGUUAUCGGGCGAUAUUCUCCUGGCUAUUUUUAUCGUACACCUGAGCCCCCUCAGUGUCUGGGGAUAUUUGGAGUCUGGUGGCAACAGUGCAUCCGAUAGGUUGGAGAACGUGACCCAAACAAUUUCCCGUAUUCUCGACGGUUACGAUAUUCGAUUGCGUCCCAAUUUCGGAGGGGAUCCUCUCAAGGUUGGCAUGGACCUCACCAUCGCCAGUUUCGAUGCUAUAUCUGAAGUGAAUAUGGAUUACACGAUAACAAUGUACUUGAAUCAGUACUGGAAGGACGAGCGGUUGGCGUUCUCAUACGAGGCAGAAGUGUUGACGCUGAGUGGUGAUUUCGCCGAGAAGAUUUGGGUACCGGAUACAUUCUUCGCCAACGACAAGAACAGCUUCCUUCAUGACGUCACUGAGCGCAACAAACUCGUGAGACUAUCCGGAGAUGGUUCGAUAACGUAUGGAAUGAGAUUUACAACUACACUAGCAUGCAUGAUGGACCUCCACUACUAUCCACUGGACUCGCAGAACUGCACUGUGGAGAUUGAAAGUUACGGAUACACUGUGCUGGACGUUGUCAUGUACUGGAAGGAGACACCGGUACGGGGUGUCGAGGAGGCUGAACUGCCCCAAUUCACGAUACUCGGAUACGAAACUAACGAUCGGAAAGAGCGUCUUGCCACUGGCAUCUAUCAAAGACUCUCGUUGAGUUUCAAACUUGAGAGGAACAUCGGUUAUUUUGUCUUUCAGACGUACUUACCCAGUAUUCUUAUUGUCAUGUUGAGCUGGGUCAGCUUCUGGAUUAAUCACGAGGCUACUAGUGCCAGAGUAGCUCUUGGUAUCACGACGGUACUGACAAUGACAACUAUAUCAACGGGCGUUAGAAGUUCACUCCCACGCAUCAGCUACGUCAAAGCCAUUGACAUCUACCUCGUCAUGUGCUUCGUAUUCGUUUUUGCAGCACUACUUGAAUAUGCAGCUGUCAAUUACACGUACUGGGGGGCUAGAGCAAGGAAAAAAACUAAACAGAAGAGAGAUCUCAUGAAGAAACAAACAUCAGUUCAAACUCCAGAAACCACAGAAGCCGACAUAAUCGAGCUUCAGGACCUUCGAAUAUCGCCUCUGCCCAGCAUCAGGAGCCGAUCGGGUCUGGCAAGUGGUGCAGCCACUCCAGCAGCGGUUGGAGCUCACGAUCGCGGUCAUUUUCCACCAAGUUUUCGUCCUGCGCGCUACAACACCAGAAGCACUGGACUUAGAUACCGCGGCACACGUCAGCACAAACCAAAGGUCUUUCAUGCCCUGAAACGAGGCGCCUCAGUGCUAAAAGCCUCAUUACCAAAGAUCAAGGACGUUAACGUCAUCGACAAAUACUCCAGACUCGUGUUUCCAGUGAGCUUCAUCCUCUUCAACGCUGUCUACUGGACAUUCUACGUCGUUUGAAGUGAAAUUUCCCGGCGCGAGCAUUAAAAAUUCCACGAAAGCCAAAAGUUGGUGACAACGUGCGCGAGUGAGUGAUAAACAAAGAAAACGAAUAAUAUCGAUGAACACAUGCAAUAUGUUUAAUCACUCCAAUCGAAUUACGUGUCCGUUCCACAUUAGAUGUUGAUAACGAAAUGACCAUCAUAAUUAAUCAGAUAUUUCAUUAGAAAAAUUUAAGAUAAUCGAGAUAAGAAAUUGAAAAAUUAUGAGAAAUUUUACUGUCAUUACGAAGUCUCUCGAAAGUACUGAAUCUGAAUGCUGCCACUAUUAUGAGACACGACGAGUUAAUAAUGUUUAAUAAUAAGUAUGUUACGGUGAGAAUGUUCGUGCUAAGUAAAAUGCGCCUAUUGAGAACAAUAUUAUAGAAACAUCAAACGAAAGUAGACGAAUAAAAUUAUUCAUUUGUAUGAUUUUGAGGAAUCGUGGGACAAUAUGUUUCUACAACUUAUUUCCAUUCGAUAAUUUCAAUUAUUGAGUAUACGGAGGGACAAUUUUUGGAAGAUUGCCCAACUGCUCUGUGAAAUUGUAUCGUGAUACCUCUUUUCUUCAUUUAAUUAAAUGGUGAUUAAUAAAAUUUGGAAUGUGGAGAUCAAGUUUCAUUCAUCGUUUUGUAAUGAAGCAUU